CUUUAAGUUUGAGUAAAAAAUAAAAGGUCCUGUAGUCGGUGUAAAAAGGAGAAGUGAGAACACAAAUAUGGUGACGUGGUGGUUCGUCUUUACUAACGUUUCUGUCGCGCUAUUUGAGGUUUCUCAGUUUUUCUGCCUAAAUUGGGUAUUUUAACGUGUUUAGGAGUUGAAUGCAAUUGUGAUGCUUGCCAAGUGAGCUUUCAGGUUAAGGGUGGAGAUCUGGUUCUUCCAGUUUUGAGUAAUUGGACUUGAGACUUAAAAUGAAAAAUGGAUUGAGAACAUAUAUUAAAAGUCAUGUCAGUACUGGUGGACUAUUCACAAUCCAUCAGUGCAUCUUUCUAAUUGUAACAAAGCACAGACCCACAGCUGAACUCAUGCAGAGAACAACUCAAAUGUCAUGUUUUGUGACGCACACCGGCUUCUCAAGUUUCCACCCUAACACCCACCAUUCAUUGACUAUUCAAGGUUCUCAUACUUAUUUCUCAAUCACAGAUGAUUCAUGUGUUGUUUUGGAAUUAUUAUUUUUCUUUUCCUUUAGUCACCCACGCCCAAUAAGGUAUCAGCUUUCUUUAUUGGAAAACAGAUGUUGUUUAUUGGAAAACUCGGUGACAUUCACCCUUUUCUGUGUCUCUGUUCUCAUGUUGGCACUGUCAACUCUGUGUUUUUGAUGACAUGUUGAAAUGCUGCUGUUGCAUAUGUUGUUCCUCCUGUUAUCAUUUGGGAAAGUUCAACAUGGCCCACAUAUUGAUUAAUUGACUAGUUAACAGCAGUAUAUUCACUUGAGUCUUUCAAUCUGCAUACUUAUUGCCACUAUUGAUCUUGUUCUGCUGGACACCGAUUUAUAAGCUACCAAGCUCAUUUAGAGCUUACAACUUUGCCCGGUUUGUUUUUCAUCAGACAAUCUAUAGUAAUAAAAAGAGGCACAGUCUAGUUGGACACAUUGUCACAAUAUUUUGAGGGGAAAAUAAACUCCAGCAGAAAUGUGUGUUUGUAAUAAUGGAGAAAUCUGCAUUUGGGUCAAUGCAGCGUUCACAGACACUGGAUAUUGAUUUUACUCUUCAGGAAACCCCCCUGCUCAUAUGAACCUCAAGGAAUAAGCUGGAGCACAGUAUGGAAAAUAAAUCGGUGCUGCCUCGCAGCUCUGUUGCUUUUUUAAAAUUGUAUACAGGAAAUACCAAUCGGUCAGUUCACUCAGGAAAAGCCCUAACUGAGGUAAUGGUGAUGCAGACGACAAAUGCCAAAUGUGCAUGACUGAAACAUGACUGCGAUAGUGCGGUUGAUGAGGCAGCUGACUUCACAGGAUGUGUCUCUGAAACACAGGAGGGCUUUGUCUCUCCCACUUGGGAAAACCGGAGAGGGGAAGCUAUUUAUACAUGAAUACCAAGUUGAAGAAUGCAAUGCAGAACCGUUGUCUGCACUCAUUACUAACAGCUGCAAGUUGCACAUAGCCCUCCUUCCUCUACCCCUCCUAGGCCGAGGAGUCGGAGUAGUCGGAACAGGAUUGGGUAGAGCUGACAUCAUCGUUUUCACCCUUUGCUGCGUUGUCAGGAAGUUGAGCCUGAUGCAACUGGUGCUCACUGUUAGAAAUACCGGUGGUCGAACAGGAAGUCGAUUCACAACAGCUUUACCAAAGUUUGGCUUUUUGUAAUCUUCUGAACAAUAUUAGUUUUAGAAGAGGAACUUAUUUCAAUCAAAUUUGGAUCACGCCAUUGUUUCUUUUACAUGAUAGCGUCACAUCGUCUUCAAACUUUCUCGAUUCCUAAAAACUUACUUUGAGACAUACAAUGUUUUCAUACAACAGCAGCAUUUGUAAGCAAGAUCUUUCUUCUUUAAAAGUCCUAUCCUCACUCAAGACGGUCUUCAACACAUCUUUUAUGUGUUUGGGAUUGGUACAAAAGUGAUGAACAAAUUGAAUGGGGAAAGCAAGAGUUGACAACUGUAGAUAUUCAGCAGAAGGUGAAGGAAUACAAUGCUCAAAUCAACAGCAAUCUGUUCAUGAACAUGAACAAAGAUGGUUCCUACACUGGCUUUAUAAAAGUGCAGUUCAAGUUGGCCCGUCCUGUGUCAGUUCCACCUCCGAAGAAAGGGGGUCAAGAUGCUGGACGGAGGAAGGCCAGCGGAGUGAAGCGUCGCACCUCUUUCUACCUGCCAAAGGAUGCAUCCAAGCAUCUGCACAUCAGCUCACGCACUUCUGCUCGAGAGGUCAUCGAGGUUUUGUUGAAAAAGUUUACUGUGGUUGACAAUCCUGGCAAGUUUGCUCUGUUUGAGCGGAGCGAGCGUCAUGACCAAGUUUAUGUUCGCAAGGUGUCUGACGAUGAGAGUCCCCUGCGCCUUCGUCUGUGUUCUGGGCCCAAUGAGAAAGUCCUCAGCUUUGUUCUGAAAGAGAAUGAAACUGGAGAAGUCAAUUGGCAUGCCUUCUCCAUGCCCGAGUUGAAGAACUUCCAGCGCAUGCUGCAGCGUGAAGAGGAGGAGCACGUCAAGCAGAUAGUGCGGCGGUACGCUCUGGCCCGUACUAAGAUGCAGGAGGCUCUGGCUGGCUCGACCCCCGGCUGAGACGACUCUGCGCUCGGGGGUUAAACCUGCACGUCUUGGCUGGACAAUCUCCUGAAGAUGACCGGUCAUCGCUGCAUCCAAAGAUCCCAGAUAAUACAACUCUAAACGCCUCUUGGGUGAACGAGAGAGUGAGACAGGGCGCAAGACAAUGAGAGCGAGAGAGCUAGCGCGAAUGUGCGUGUGAAAUGAUGCGAGAGAUGAGAAGUGCCUUACACCUGGAGAGUCUGAUGUGCCUGAGAGAAUUGAGUUGAGAGAAACGACACUGGCAGAUGAGACUGUGGUUUUAUCCAGUAAUGUACCUCAGCUGUGUCACUUUAACUCUAAAGAAAAUGUCAGGGAGUUCUUUUUUUGUCGCAUUUUGUUUAAAAAUGUGAUUAAUAUACAUUUGUAGAUGCAGUGCUAAAAUUGAGCCUCAUGUUGUAAUUGAUCUGAGGAUUACACAUCUGGAAGUUGCAUUCCUUUUUAUUUUUCCAGAUUACAAAAUUGGUAAAAUGUCAUAUCAUGACAUUACAGCUAAAUUCGAAGAAACCUAAUCUCGUUUUUGAACCAUGAAAACAAAUAACUUCCACACUGAAAUGUUUUCUUUUAUCAUAUUAGAAAGUUAAAUACACAUUAUUUGCUGAAGAGUAUUUGGAUUUUCAUUUGACCUAGCCUAAAAAAAUCUGCCGUGUCCUCUCGACACCCCUGAUGGGUGCAACUCUUUUUUUUUUUUUUUUUUUUUACGGUCAAAUUGUGAAUUUGACUGAUGUAUGGACAUUUGUAUGCACUUAUGAAUGUCAUAGAGAGCAGUGUCACUCUGGUUGACUGGAACCUUGAAUGGAUAUCGGUAUACAUGUGUUUCCCUGAAAGCUGUUUGUCUUUCCUUCAUAUCUUUGUUUUUUUCUGUCCUUUUAAGAAAGUCUUUGUCUUUAGUUCUUCACUUCACUAUCAUUGUAUCCGGCUUUGCACGUAUUUACAUGUUGAAGCGACAAUUCAAAAUGUGACAAAUGUGCACCGCGUUAAGUAAAGAAUUCCCCAGUUCAAAUAAGUUUCUGUAUUUCUUGGAUAUCAUAAACGUUUAAAUAUGCCCUUUUUUUUUUUUUUAGAUGAAAACAAAACCCUAACCCCAUAGAGUUAAAUGCAUGUUCAUCUGACCAUCAUUCAGAUUACCGGCUCAUGUUAAGCAGUAGAAAGCACAAUGACGUCCUCUUAACUGUCUCGGUCCCGCCUGUCUGUCCGAUCAGCUGAUCGCCAUCCUAAGGACCAAAACAAGCUAACGCUAGCUUUACGUAGCCGGGGGUAAAAGUUAUGAAAGGACAUGUCGAUUUAAUUCUGUAUUAUAAGAUCCUGGCUUUGAUAAUGAAGUGAGAGCGGCUGGCCACCAACCAGAUUGAAAGCAUUAACUGGAGACUAACUAUGUCUUAUCUCUGAGAAUGGGAGGAAGUGGGUCCAAAGCUAAAGGUGUCUGGCCUUUCUCAGGCAAUGGAGCUGGAGGGGAUUCAUCCAGUGAUGGGAGCGAGCAAUCUGUGGCUCGCCUCAAAGGUUCCAGACACGCCACACCGUUUGUUUUUACCAGGAGGAGGUAAAUAAUACAUGAUUGGAAAAUGGUAAAGGUUUGCUUCACCUAAAUCACAACUUAUUUUCUUGAAUUAAAAAAAAGAAAAAAUGUUAUGUGGUUUGACAUAAUAUCCUGGAAAUAAUUCAAUGGCUGUCAAAUAAAGGCAUUUUACGCCUGUUAUAAAGCUGGAAGUAGAGAUAUGACAAAACGAGGGGGGAGAGAGAGAGCGAGAGAUGGGAAUGACAUGCAGCAUAGGUCUCAGGGUGGAUGGAACUGGGGACACUGGGAUUCAUGGUCGGCACCCUAACCCCUAAUCACCUGAGUGCCUCAAAUAGAAAUAGUUGAUGAUACUAAGGCAGAGCUGUUAAAUGUAUCAACUUUAUUCAUCCUUAGCAGGGCUAUUAAAAAGUCAACAGCAGAGCACACACGCAGCUAAAAAUGCAAAACAAUACAUUUGUAAAAUACUUCAAAGUGCUAAAACUGCUAGUUGUUAGGCACUAGAAAGUAGAAAGUAGAAAGUCAGCUGUGGAAAGUAACGGUCAGUAUCUCAAAACCUCUGCACAUUAAACUUAGCUGGAAUACCGCUAGAGGUAUGUGAGAAAAUAUAAGAUGGUUAUAGUUUUUUGGGUAAACUGAGCAAGUUUCCAUCUCCUGACUUGUGGUUUUAGACUGAUGUUGACUUACUGUAUUGGCAGUUCUUUGUACUAUGACGAGGACGGCGACCUUGCCCAUGAGUUCUACGAAGAGACGGUGGUGACAAAAAACGGAAGAAAAAAGUCCAAGUUGAAGAGGAUUCAUAAAAAUUUGAUCCCACAGGGACUUGUGAAGCUUGACCACCCCUGUAUACACGUAGAUUUCCCCGUCGUCCUCUGUGAGGUGUGAAAAGUUGCACUGGACUGAUCUACUAUGAAGUGCAGCAACAGGUCCUCUUCUCGGAGCAAUGUUUUGUCCCAGGGUCAAAGCAUAAAAGUCAAGAUUGGAGCCGUGGUCUGGAGAGCAAAAGGAACAUUCAAACUGUCGUAUAAAACUGAUAUACUGAAUGAAAUGUUAUACAUUUGAAUUCAACUUCGGUCAGAGGGUGCCCUGUUCACAGAAAUCCAUAUUUUGAUAUUCACGGAAGUAGCGUUGGUUCAGGUUGUGUGUCCACUACCCAGCUGAUAUGUAAGCAGUCUUCGAGAAUACAUACAAUUCAGUUGUAUUUCUCCUUGAUGUGAAAAAGGCUUUAACGGUUUAUGCCUUCUGUGAGACGUAGAGUGAAACUUUGUGUGUCUUUGUGUGUGUACAUGUGUGCACUUAGGUUUGUUUGAGUGAGUGUGUUUGAGACCGGGACGGAAGAUUUAGGUACAGGAUAGAAUAAUGGAUUGUGAAAUGUAUUAUAUAUAUAUAUAUAUAUGGUCAUGUAUUGUCAUCUCUGAGUCUGUCUCAGUAACCAGAGCUCAGACCUGCACUAGUGAACAUAAUGUACUGUAAAUAAUAUCAGAUUUCUUAGUUGGAAAUACUUGAAUAAAUGGUUUACUGAGCUGAA